AUGUCGGAUUUUUCUUCUCUUUCAUGGGAAGAGAUUGGUGUUUCUUUGACACCUUGGAUAAGAAACGCCAUGGAUAUUAUGGGAUUUCAGAAAACAACGCCUGUACAAGCAAGUACGAUCCCUCUUUUUAUGAAAAACAAGGAUGUUGUUGUUGAGGCUAUAACAGGAUCAGGAAAAACCUUGGCUUUUUUGGUGCCUAUACUGGAGAAGUUAAUUAGGAGAGAAGAAGCAUUAACUAGGCAUCAUAUAGGGUCAUUGAUUGUUUUGCCUACGAGAGAAUUAGCAACUCAAAUUUACCAUGUUUAUGAAACUAUUAUGAAAAUGUCGGAAGAAACAGAUUUAAAUUUAAGAGCACAGCUCGUGAUUGGAGGAGUAAUGACUAUACAACAUGAUAUAUCCGAGUUUGAUAAAUUAUCGCCAUCAAUCAUUAUUGGAACUCCUGGUCGUAUAGAUGAUUUCCUUUCAUCAUCUAUCGUUAAAACUAAAGAAUUAGAGAUACUUGUUAUGGAUGAAGCAGAUAGGUUACUAGAUAUGGGAUUUUUGCCUACAAUAGAAUCUAUUAUUAGAAAAUUGCCUAAACAAAGACGAACGGGUCUUUUUAGUGCUACGAUGACAGAUGCAGUUGACAAAUUGAUCAGAACAGGAUUAAGAAAUCCAGUUAAAAUAGUGGUUAGAGUAGGAAAUCAGAAAAAUGGCCAAGAGGACAAACGAAUUCCUUCAUGGUUAUUUUCUUUCCCUUCAUUUGACAUCAUUAUAUUUAAUUCUUUUAGUUUGCAAAUAGGAUAUAUUGUUGUAAAAUCAGAAGAAAAAUAUUUACAACUAAUUAGGCUUUUAAAUUAUUCACUUGUUAAAGAGAAAAUGAAAAAAUUUAUCGUUUAUUUUCUUUCAUGUGUUUGUGUUGAUUAUUUUUCCCUAGUUUUCUCACAAAUUCCACAUUUAAAGGAGACGUUUAAGAUAUUUUCUCUUCAUGGCCGCCAAAGUUCAUCUUCAAGGAUUAAAAAUUACAAGAAUUUUUUCAAUACGUUAUCAGGAACACCAGCAAUAUUAUUUACUACGGAUUUAGCUGCGAGAGGUCUUGAUGUCCCUAACGUCGAUAUGGUUAUUCAAGUGGAUCCUCCAUUAGAUCCAAAAGUAUUUUCACAUCGCUGUGGAAGAGCCGGAAGAGCCGGUAGACCUGGUAAAGCUGUUGUUAUGUUAAAUAAAGGAAGGGAAGAAGAUUAUGUACACUUGUUAAAAGUAAGAAAAAUACCUGUUGAGGCUUUAAGAAAAAUUGGGGAAAAUGGUGAUCUUAUAGAGAAUGAAGAAUGUGAACCUAAAGAAGAAAUAUUCUCAUUAGUUAAGGAAAUACGAAAUAUUGUUAAGAAAGAUAGGGAUUUGUAUGAAAAGGGUUUAAGGGCAUAUGUAUCUUACGUGAGGGCAUAUUCAAAGCAUCAAGCACAUUUCAUCUUUCGUAUUAAAGAUCUUGAUUUUUCUGGAAUAGCAUAUUCUUUUGGGUUACUUCAUCUUCCUAAAAUGCCGGAAUUAAAAAAUAUAACACUGGAUUUUGAAGAAGAAAUUGUAGAUAAAGAUAAAUUGGUUUAUACUAAUAAAGCAAAAGAAAUAUCUAGAUUGAGAAAAAAUGAAAAGUUAAUAGAUCAAAAAAAAAAUAUGAUUUUAAACAAGAAAAACUCAAUUUCAUGGUCAAAAAAUAUAGAAUUAAAGAAAAAACGAAAAUUUUCUAAAAACAAACGUAAACUUAGGAAAGAAUAA